GCAAUAGGGGUAGCCAUAUUUCCUCGUGCUCUCAUUUCUAGGUGGAUUAUCCUUAAUCCUCCUUUUCUUAUUUUCCCACUUUGUCCCUGUUACUAGGGUUAGUUUUCUUCACUCGUAACUUUCCAUGGCAGAAGUUGAGUACAGAUGCUUUGUUGGUGGGCUUGCAUGGGCCACCGACAGCGAUGCUCUCGGGAAAGCCUUUUCACAAUUCGGAGAAAUCGUCGAAUCGAAGGUUAUCAGUGAUCGUGAAACUGGAAGAUCAAGAGGAUUUGGAUUUGUGACGUUCGCAACGGAACAGUCCAUGAGAGAAGCGAUCGAAGGAAUGAACGGAAUGGAUCUUGAUGGCCGUAACAUUACUGUGAACGAGGCUCAGAAUCGCGGUAGUGGCGGUGGAGGAGGUGGAGGUUAUAAUCGUGGCGGUGGAGGAGGUGGAUACGGAAGUGGUGGAGGUGGAUAUGGAGGUGGUGGUGGUGGGGGUUAUAACCGUGGUGGAGGAGGAGGAGGAUAUGGUGGCCGUCGUGAAGGAGGUGGUGGCGGUUAUGGUGGUGGAGGCGGAUACGGUAGUGGUGGAGGAGGAGGUGGUUAUGGAGGUGGACGUGACCGUGGUUAUGGAGGAGGCGGAGACGGUGGUUCCCGCUACUCAAGAGGAGGCGGCGGCGGCGGUGGAUCUGAUGGAGGAAACUGGAGGAAUUAAGCAUGUGUUGAAUGUUGAAUUAGGUUUUUAGUGUGUGAAAUGAAAUGAUCUGUUAUUAUGCCUUAGAGGUUAUUCUAGCAUUAUGAUUUGGAAAUGUCCUUUUGUGGUUUCUGAAUGUCUCUGUUCUGAAUUCGUGUUACUCAUCUGGUUCUCCUUUUUGACCUCUCGAUUUGUGUACUGCUUGUUCAUAAACAGUUCAUCAAAGAAUAGUCAGAAGUUAAGAUCCAACAGUUUCUACUUCUA